AUGCACCCAGAAUCGCUCUCCCCAGACUCACUAAAGGGGUCUCCCACCGCGGAUCCUCCCCGUGUAACGACCUCCGCCCCCCUUGUAUCUCCCGUAACUGGUGGCGGUAGCUCUAUCUCUUCUGGUGGAAGUGCAACCACACCUGGAUCACCCUCGCAGCUUUCCACUACAUCCUCAGUCUCGGUCUCGGCUUCAACGAUCUCGGUUUCGACAAACAACAAGCGACCACUGGCAGAGUCCGGCGAGGAUCUGGAGAGCCAAAGCGGAUCUCCUCGCGUGCGUGUUCUUGAUGACGCUCCUUCGAGUUCGGAUGAUCUAUUGGACGACGGUCAACAGUCUUCGUACGCCCGACCCGUCCCUAUCAGGCUAGGCAUGACGGAAGGCGAUCAGCGAGAGCAAAAUUUCGACGAUUCAGCAGAUUGGUACGACGAAUCGCCAAAGACGGCGCCAGAGGAAAGCCCGGACAAGGUGCCGAAACCAGAGACUGUCCGUGAACAGAUCGCGGCCGUCCUGGAGGCCUGUAACGUCACCGUCAAAGAGGGCGAGUCGUGGUACAUCGUGUCCGAUCAGUGGUGGAAUUCUUUUGUAAAUGCCACAGAUGAUGCCACUAUUGAAUCAGUGGAUAACUCUGAUCUUUUUGACGCAAAAGGCGUGCUCAUUCGUGACACCGAAUUCCAGAUCAUACCAGCAACUGCUUGGGCGAUGCUUACAGAAUGGUAUGGACAUGGCGAUUCCACGUAUGAGAUCGAGCGCACAGCAGUGAACACGACAGAUGAAGGGAGUAACGUCGAAGUCGAGCUAUUUCCGCCUGUUUACUCUCUCUACCAUCUGCCAGGCCGUUCAGGAGCUUUUUCGUCAGACUCGUCCGUAGCCACUGCUACAAUGUCAAGAACGAAUAAACUCUCGGAACUAUAUGAUGCUGCCAGAGAGUCUCUGGACAUUCGAUCAGAUAUCGUCUUCCGUAUCUGGAAGCUAAACACAAAGCCUCUGAAAAAGUUCAAGAUGGAUGUUGAGAAAUUCCAGGCUAUUUCGGACAAGGAGCUUAUCGAGAGCGACGACAUGAACACUCGGCUUGGUGAUCUGGGCUUAGGUAUGGAUCUAGCUCUGGUUGUUGACGAGCAGCUAGCCAACAAAGAGUGGGUUAGCGAUCGCAAACCUACUACUACCGUCGCAAUGCGAAACAACACGCAUGGUCCUAGAGUCCCGCCUCGGAGGAAUGUGAACAACCAACACGAUGAUUCGCGGCCGAAAGGCAUGACAGGCCUGGCUAACCUCGGCAAUACAUGUUACAUGAAUUCUGCCCUGCAGUGUUUGACCCAUGUCGAAGAACUCACAAAGUAUUUUCUUCUCGACGCCUAUAAAGAUGAGCUCAAUCCAACCAACCCCCUCGGAAUGGACGGCAAGGUUGCGACGGCAUACUCAGACCUCGUUCAUAAAAUCUUUCAGAGCAAGCCAACUCUGAACUCAUUUACUCCUCGAGAAAUGAAGGGUGUCAUUGGCAGAUAUGGACCCAUGUUUUCGGGAUACGGGCAACAUGAUUCCCAGGAAUUUGUCGCGUUCUUGUUAGAUGGAUUACAUGAGGAUCUGAACCGGAUUCUCAAAAAGCCGUACACCGAAAAGCCAGAGUUGCCUGACGACAAGGUUGAAAGCAAAGAAGCUGUGGUUGAACUCGCACACAAGUGCUGGGAGUUGCACCGAAUGAGAAACGACUCGGUUAUCCAGGAUCUAUUCGCAGGCAUGUACAAAUCGACACUCGUUUGUCCCGAGUGCAAGAAAGUCAGCAUCACUUUUGAUCCGUAUAUGGAUCUGACGUUGCCGCUGCCGAUCGACAACUCGUUCUCCCGAAACAUCGUUUACGUGCCUGCUAAAGGUCUACCUAUGACUGUUGGUGUCGAAAUGAACAGUGGCUCGAGCGUGAAGGAGUUCAAGCAGUAUAUAGCCUCCCGCGUUGGCACCGAUCCCAAUCGUCUGAUCCUCGCAACUAUCUACAGUCACAAAAUGUACGGCAUUCCUGAUGAUCAUGAAAUCGCGGCUGCGAAGCUCGAGAGCGAUGAUAGCGUCGUUUAUGAGCUUGAUCAAGUUCCCCAAGAGCCCGACUACUCCGAUGUCAUGAUCUUCCCUGUCGUCAACAGAAUCGAAAAGGAUCCCAACGUGCGCUAUGCGUCUUCGGAACUGUUUGGGUAUCCAUUCUUAAUCACCCUGACUCCUGCCGAGGCAAGCUCGUAUGAUGUCAUUUACUCCAAGAUUAUUGACAAAUACAAAUGCAUGUCAACGAACAAGACAUUGCAGAGCUGGGGCGUCACCGAGGAUGGGAACGACGCAGCCAUGCCUCAUGCUGUCGGCAGCCCGCAGUGCCCUAGUGUGUUCAAGGUCGCAGUGACCGCCGGAUCUACCUACCGCAGAUACUACGCAAAGAACACUAUCCCUACUGUGUUUUCAGUUGAGGCGACGAUUGACAUCAAAGAGCGCUAUGAUCGGGCACACUACAAGCCGGAGCCGUACAAGUCCAUGAUCAUCGAUGACGUUGAAGAUGCCACGCCCGCCGCGGUGGACGAUGCUGAAGCUCAGAGCUCAACGAACGAUAGUGGCUUGGACGGCUUGGACGUCGUCCCGCUGGGUCAAAGUAUUGAGUCUCUGGAUCCGAACCAAUCGAGCAUGGGAUUGGAAGCUCCGACUGCCGAGUUCGAAGGUGAGACAGAGGCCGAUGAAAACUGGCUGUCUGUUCGUGCUUCGUCUUCCGACAUCGAGAUGCAGGAUGCAAGUGAUAAGGAAGAUAGCGAUACAGAAGCAGGAGCCCGAGUCGCGGAACUUGACGAAGAUGAUGAAGUUAUGCCAACUGUGGAAGACCUCUUCGAGAACAGCGAAGAGCAGCAAGCGACGUCGACCCAAUGGAAUGAAUCCGAAGGCGAGAAAGGCGGAUUUACGUAUGUAACGAUGGGCGAGACCAUUGUGUGCGACUGGACUCGGGAUGCGUACGAGACGUGCUUUGGAGCAACAGAUGACAGCGACUCGAUGCGCGGCCGUGCAACUUGGGAGACAAUGCCACUUUUCGAGAGCGACGAUGUGAAGCAGAUCCGUGAAACGCGGAAUCAGAAGCGAACGCAGGACAUCACUCUCGAUGACUGCCUCGAUCUCUUUUCUAAGCCCGAGGUGCUGGGAGAAGACGAUUUAUGGUACUGUCCUCGCUGUAAGAAACAUCAGCAGGCCAUCAAGACGUUUGAGAUCUGGAAAGUGCCUGAGAUUUUCACUGUUCAUUUGAAGCGCUUUAGCUCUACUUCCCGGAGAGAUAAGAUUGAUGUCAAGAUUGACUUCCCUGUCGAAGGCCUCGAUUUAUCAGACCGAGUGGGAGACCCGGAGCAGAGUCAGAACCCCGAGCAUCUGAUCUACGACUUGAUCGCUGUCGAUAAUCACUUUGGUGGACUUGGAGGCGGACAUUAUACCGCUAAUGUUAAGAACUUUGUUGAUAACAAGUGGUAUUAUUUCGAUGACUCUUCCGUGCGCGAGGUUUCUCCGGAAUCAGGAGUCACAGAGGCUGCAUAUCUUCUAUUCUACCGCCGGCGGUCAUCCAAUACUCUAGGUGGUGAAAAGCUGCACCAGAUCCUUUCCAGCGACGAGGAUCCCCUGGCACCAAAGCCAUCCAAGUCCGCUUCGACGAGAAGCAAGCCCCCGUCGUCAUCAGCGGGCGAGGAGGCUUCGAGCUCGCUACCAUCCCCUCCUCCAUACACUGAAUUUGUUGGACCCUUGGCACCGCCUGCGCCUGCUUCAGGCGUCGAUGACACGAAAGAUAUCUCGUCAAGAUUCCCAGGCGAGGGCCGCAUGCUUGGCAAUGAUAUCAGUUACGGCGCCUCGACACUUAGCACUACCGCGUGGCCAGCAUCCGCGCGCCCGACACCUAAUCUCAACCGCAACAAACCGGCCUCUGACGACUCAGCCGAUGUAGACGACGUCGCCUCAACUGAAGUCCCACUCGACGACUGGAUCAACACCAUGGAUAAAGACCAAGCUCUUGACGUCGACCCCAGUCUCACGGAAGACGACGACGACGACGAUGACGAUGAUGACGAAGACGACGUCGCCACCGAUGUUUCAGGAAGUGACCAAAUCAUGAUUCCAAGCGAGGAUAUGUCGAUCGUCGGGGACGACGUGGUCGAGAUCAAGCCUGCUGGGUUCCGGUUCGCCGGCGAUGAUGACGAGGAGGAGGAUGAAAGCGUGACUGAUAUCAGAGUGUAG